UCUUUAGUUCCAGAAGAACAAAGAGACACUCAGAAGAUAAAGAAAGUGGGAUGAACAAUGAAGAAUUUCUCUCGAUAUCAACUUUUGAAGGAAGAAAGAUGUAUGAAAAAAUCAUAGCAAUGACUAAGGAUUUUGAUGCCAGUCACUUAAUUGGGAAGGGAGGUCAUGGAAGUGUUUACAAAGCUGAGUUAUCACCAGGGGAUAUUGUAGCAAUUAAGAAAAUCCAUUCGCUAUAUACUGGUAAUAUAGCUGAUCAAAAAGAGUUCUUGAGUGAGAUAAGAGUAUUAACAGAGAUAAGACAUCGAAAUAUUGUGAAAUUUUUUGGUUUUUGUUCCCAUUCUCGACACUCAUUCUUAGUUUAUGAGUAUCUCGAAAGGGGUAACUUGGCCGCAAUUUUGAGCAACGAAGCAAGAGCACUAGAACUAGAUUGGAGUAAGAGAGUGAAUAUCAUAAAAGGUGUUGCACAUGCUUUAUCUUACAUGCAUCAUGAUUGCUUCCCACCAAUCGUCCAUCGCGACAUAUCAAGCAAGAACGUGUUGCUAGAUAUGGAAUAUGAAGCUCAUGUCUCAGAUUUUGGAACUGCUAAGCUUCUCAAGCCAAAUUCAUCUAAUUGGACUCAACUUGCCAGCACAUAUGGAUAUGUUGCACCAGCAUAUUUCUUUCACUUUGCGGAGCUUGCUUACACAAUGAAGGUGACCGAGAAAUGUGAUGUGUAUAGCUUUCGGGUGUUGGCAUUGGAAGUCAUCCUAGGGAAGCAUCCUAGAGAUGUGCUCACCCUAUUUUCAAGUUCAUCUACAAACAUGAACAUAGAGCUUGAUGAUAUGUUGGAUCCAAGGCUUCCAUUUCCCUCCUUGGAAGUUCAGAGCAAACUGAUUUCCAUCUUAGAUAUGACCUUUUUAUGCUUAGAUGUAAGCCCACAGUCUAGACCAACCAUGCAGAUUGUUCGCCGCCUUCUUGAAGUUGACAUUGAUGAAUAUCCCUCCUGGUUCUCGGCUUCAGACCGUAAGCUUUUGAAAUCUGUGGCUAAGGACGAUGAUACACCACACGGUGUAGUGGCUAAGGAUGGCAGUGGAGAUUAUAGUAGCAUUCAGGAAGCUAUUGAUGCCUACCCAAAGUACUUAUGA